UUUGGCAGUUAUUACCCUCUCUGAUAGGGCUGUAGAAACCACAGCCUGAUCUCGAUGAACGCAGCUUCGCCCUAACUCUGAACAAGUCACUUUUCAUACAGCUUCAGCUUCAUCUCUCUGAACCCUGUCAGAAACUCCUCCAACUUUUUCCUUCUCUGAACUGGUCCAUCUUAAGAGAAACAAUGACAGAUGAGAACAACAUGACAGAGGGUGACAACAGAGAAACCCCAGCCGGAGACAUGCCCUCAGAGCAGGUCCCAGUGGAGGAGAAUAAAGCGGAGGAGGAGAAGCAGGAGAACGGGGAGUACAAAGUGGACUUCUUGGAGAAAACCUCACCUCCUGCGGCGGAGGAGGUCGAGUUCAUCCACCCCGAGGGCGGCUGGGGGUGGGUGGUCAUGCUGGCAUCCAUGUGGUGCAACGGCUCGGUGUUCGGGAUCCAGAACUCCUUCGGCUUACUUUUCGUCUCCCUGUUGAAAGAGUUCGGCUCGGAGGACGACCCGGACCUGCGCUUCAGAACCUCAUGGGUGGGCUCCCUCUCCAUGGGGAUGAUCUUCUUCUGCUCCCCAAUCGUCAGCAUCUUCACUGACAUCUUUGGCUGCAGAAUUACUGCUGUGUGUGGUGCUGCUGUCGGUCUGGUUGGCCUUCUGGCCAGUUCAUUUGUCAAGACCCUUGGUGUGAUGUAUUUCACAUACGGCAUUGUGUUCGCCUGCGGCUGCUCUUUUGCCUACCAGCCUAGCCUGGUCAUACUGGGCCACUACUUUAAGAAGCGCCUGGGCCUGGUGAACGGCAUCGUGACUGCUGGCAGUGGUAUCUUCACCAUCACCCUGCCCUUUAUUCUGUCAGGCCUGCUGGACAAAGUGGGCCUCCAAAACACUCUGCGUAUUUUCUGCAUCUUCAUGUUAGUGCUGAUACUAGUCAGCUUCACCUACAAGCCCCUGCUGCCAGCCAAACCCACUGAGUCCCAAAUAGGAGGAUUCCGCAUAAGUCGAAUCUUCAACAUGAACAUCUGGAAGUCUGUUGGAUAUCGUAUUUGGGCCUUCGGCAUACCUGCUGCUCUUUAUGGGUAUUAUGUACCCUACGUGCAUCUGAUGAAUCACGUGCAGGAGCGUUUUGGACCCGACACAAACAAAGAGAUCCUGCUCUUGUGCAUCGGCAUCACAUCCUGCUUGGGCCGAUUUAUCUUCGGGAGUGUAGCAGACUUUGUGAAGGGAGCCAACAAAGUAUUUUUGCAGGUCAUUUCAUUCCUUAUCAUCGGCGUCAUGUCCAUGAUGAUCCCCUUGUGCCACAUCUUCGGAGGGCUGAUUGCCGUGUGCCUGCUGAUGGGGCUGUUUGAUGGCUGCUUUAUCUGCAUCAUGGCCCCCAUCGCCUUUGAGCUGGUCGGAGCCAAAGAUGUCUCACAGGCUAUCGGCUUUCUGCUCGGUCUGAUGUCUGUUCCCAUGGUUGCAGGUCCCCCAAUUGCAGGGUUCCUGAGAGACAAACUGGGUAGCUAUGACAUGGCCUUUUACCUGGCAGGCAUCCCCCCGAUCAUUGGGGGGAUCCUGCUGUGUCUUAUACCCUGGGUGGAGGCCAGGAACAAGAGGAAGCAAAAGAAGGAGGGCCUGAGCAAGGAGCAAGACAUCAGCCAGAAGAUGAUAAAGCAUGAGAAGGCUCAGGAAAAUGCAAAAAACAAAAUAGGAGAUUCUGUCCUCUAAGGGCCUCUCUAUGUCCACCCAAACAAACUGAAAGAGACAAUCAUUGGGUCAGUGCUGACUGGCAUGUGUUAAAAUGCUGUUUCUUUGUGUUUUUAGCCAAAACUCUAACAACUGCUUCCAGUAUGAUGAAAUUCCAAUGCAAUGAAACAUAUCAAAGUAUAAGUGUUUGAACUAAAGCAGGGAUAAAAAUGAUCCUGAGAUCAGAGAAAUGUAACCUGACAUUAGACCUCACUAUAAAGCUGCUCAUUGAGGUCUGAUUUGACCAAAUUACAGAAGUCUUGCCUCGCAGGUUAAUGUGGAAAGGCACUUCCCGACACUACCAUGUAGCUGUAGCUGUAGAAAUGUGGCAUAAAACAAGCAUUUACAGGGUAAGGGGUUUAGUUUGCUUUCGGCUCUGUUUUCUGUCAGUAGGAAUGAAUCGGCUACAUAAAUUCCUUCUUAACUAGUCUAGCUAUAUCUGUUUGUCUCAAAGCAUGCAAGGUCUGCACAGACAAGGGUCAUUAAUAUCUUAAAGGGACAUUUGUUAACUAGACAAUUGGAAAAUCUUGAAGGUUUAUCUUCAUUUGUGAUGUAAACUGAAGAUACUCCGAAAUUUUAAAGUAAGCAGCCCAUGAAAUUAUAGUUUUGCUGUUUCCAUUUCAGACUGGUUUGGCACACAUACACAGGUUAUGGUGGAUAACUGGAGACUUAUAAGAACAGCUGAAGCACAGCACAAACUAACCUGGUGUAGACAAAACAGGAGAGCAUCAUUAAUCAUCCCUUUUCAUUUGGUUUUACAAGUUUUAAAAUGAAGUAAUGAAUUUUGAUAUAUAUUUUUAACAGAUGCAAACAAAGCAGGAAACAGGAGGAAGCUGUUUGCCUUGUCCUGUCCAAACCCUACAUAACCAGCAUUUAACUAGCAGUGAAGCUCAGGAAUUUACAGUGUUACUCUGAACAAUUAGACAUUUCUUGUUUCAUAAAAUGUUGGACUAUUCCUUUUAUGAAUUGAAUAUUGAUUCAGAAUGAAAAUAUUAGCUUGGUCUUUCUCUACAUGCCCUUACAUUACCUUAUGUGUCAUUUAUUUUUACAUGUUCCUUUUUUUCCUGUGAUUUAGGCUAAGGUUUUACACAUAAACACCGCCUUGCUAAAGUAUUCUCACCCUUUAAACAUUUCCACAUAUUGUCACAUUGCAACCACGGCCUUCAAUAUAUUUACUUGGGUUUUUAUGCGACAGACUAACACACAAGCAUCCCCACAGCAUAAUGCUGCCACCACCAGAUUUCACAGUGGGGAUGGUGCAUUCAGGGUGAGGUGCACUGUUAGCUUUCCACCAUAAAUAGCUUUUUAGGUCCGAUGUUCAAUUUUGGUCUAAUCUGAUCAGAGCAAUUUCUUCCACAUGUUGCUGUCUCCUACAUGGCUUGUGGCAAAUUGCAAAUGAGAAUCACACAUUUCAGAUUUGAAAGCCCCGUAUGAUUCUCUCUCUAUUUCACAAUUUACACACUACCCUGUUUAUAAUAAUGUACAUGUAAUAAAUAACAGACAAAGUCCGGGUCAUAAUGCCGCUGUCAAACAUCCACAGGGUUACCUGCUUGGUCAGAAGAUCAAAUUAUGUUGCACCCCAUAAAAUUAGACUGAAUGUGAUGAGUUGGUAAAACCGUUAUUAUUCAUUCACCUGUAGUAUCUUAUCAUUUUAGAGUUCCCCCUUUUGAAUGGACGUGUGACUUAAUCAUUAACUAUAUGACCAUCAGGAGAUUUCGCACAGUAAAUCAGUAACUUUGUGCCCAGUCCCAUGACAUAUAAGAGAAAAAAUAUGUCUUGUAUUUAUUUUUUUUGUUUUGUUUUUGUAUGAAUUUAAUGCCAUAAUCAACCAGGAUUCACCUCCAGCCUUUAUAUUAUCUGCUUAAGACCAACAUGUGAUGAAAUGAGUGUAUCUGAAAGUGUGUUUGUCCUGUUUGUCUGCUGUCAUACCUCUCUGUGAGGCCUACCUGCUGGUAGUGGAACCAUCUGAACAUGCCAAUCACUGCUCUGUAGACAUCAUCAGUGAUAAGACCAUUUCCUGGAUAUGCUUUUGGAAAACUGAGAAACAUCGUUGUUCUGCAGCAAUAACAUGCCAGCAGAUCAAGAAGUGUGACUGAAGAAACAAGGCUAUGUCCUAACUUCCCAAAGCUUGAAGCUAUGAAGCUCUUUCUGCACACUCACCAGAGAUGCCUUUUUUAAUGCAAGAAGUGAGAAGUUUAUUCAUGUUUACCAGUUGGCUCUCUCUAAAUAGAUAUUGCAAAUAUAACUGAUUCUUCAGCAUACACUUAGCUUAUUGUACCACUAUCUGAUAGCUUUUGAAUUGUGCUGUUUUGCAGCCUUAAAUACUCUAACUUCUUUUCACCAUACAAGCAUUUAGAACUUGUACUGUGCUGUUUAUUCAUUUUAGUUUCUCAUUCUGUUUAGCUGAUUUUACAAAGAAGCUAGCACAAUCUGUGCCAUUCAAAAAGACAUCUUUCUAGAAAGAAGUGAAGUCUUUGGGAGGGGGGGUUCUAUCUCUUAUAAGUCUAUGAAGUAUCUGUUGUGUUGGGCUCUUAUCAGCCCCGAUGCUUUAAGCAUUUUGUUGUUUACUAAUCCUGAAUCUUUUGGCAGCCAAUCUGACCACUGGCCUUAUGCAGAAUAUAUGCUCAUAUAAACGCAUUUGGCUAUUCUUUACUAUCUUUAUCUUAGUUUUGUAUAUUUUUGUCUUAAUUUUGUUAUUUUAAUGUUCUAUGACUGAAAAUCCAAAAUGAAGCCCAACGUGAUUCCCCCACACCCACAGUGCUCUGCCUGGGUUGUACUUCAUUGCAAAAUGUGUUAAACUAUAGAAUAUUUGAUUUCUGUAAACAAAGUCACAUUUCAGUAUUUUAAAGAGAGUAAAAAAGAUGCUCAGGA